AACCUCUAGCUCCAAGUUUACGAGAUUGAGAUUUCACAUUUACCCUACACAGUACACACCAACACUACAAAAUAGCCUUCACCUGAACCCCUUCCCGCCUUUCUCGUCUCGUCUUGCUAAGCGGUUCCUUCUCCACUACUGCUACUGCAAUGGGCAUCAAGGGUUUAACCAAGCUUUUAGCUGAUAAUGCCCCCAAGGGCAUGAAGGAGCAGAAGUUCGAAUCCUAUUUCGGCCGAAAAAUCGCAAUUGAUGCCAGCAUGAGUAUUUAUCAAUUUCUUAUUGUCGUGGGAAGAACUGGGACUGAGAUGCUGACCAACGAAGCUGGUGAAGUCACUAGUCAUUUGCAAGGGAUGUUUAACCGGACAAUAAGGCUUCUCGAAGCUGGAAUUAAGCCAGUCUAUGUCUUUGAUGGAAAGCCUCCUGAUUUGAAAAAACAAGAACUUGCAAAACGUUAUUCAAAAAGAGCAGAUGCUACUACGGACCUAGCAGAUGCAAUCGAGGUUGGCAACAAGGAGGACAUUGAGAAAUUCAGUAAAAGGACGGUGAAGGUUACAAAGCAGCACAAUGAUGACUGUAAAAGACUCUUGAGACUCAUGGGAGUGCCUGUGAUCGAGGCUCCCUCGGAAGCUGAGGCACAAUGUGCUGCGCUUUGCAAGUUAGGAAAGGUUUACGCCGUGGCGUCAGAAGACAUGGAUUCGCUAACAUUUGGAUCUCCCAGAUUUCUUCGUCAUUUAAUGGAUCCGAGCUCAAGGAAGAUCCCAGUUAUGGAAUUUGAAGUGGCAAAGAUUUUGGAGGAGCUGAACCUCACCAUGGACCAAUUUAUCGAUUUGUGCAUUCUUUCUGGAUGUGAUUAUUGUGAUAAUAUCCGAGGUAUAGGGGGGCAGACUGCUUUAAAGCUUAUCCGUCAACAUGGGUCUAUAGAAACUAUAUUAGAGAACAUAAAUAAAGAGAGGUACCAAAUUCCAGAUGAUUGGCCUUAUCAAGAGGCCCGGCAGCUUUUUAAAGAACCACUAGUAUGUACUGAUGAAGAGCAACUUGACAUCAAGUGGACUACUCCAGAUGAAGAAGGCUUAUUAGCAUUUUUGGUGAAUGAGAAUGGGUUCAACAGUGAGAGAGUCACGAAGGCAGUAGAAAAAAUUAAGGCAGCCAAGAACAAAUCAUCACAGGGCCGGAUGGAGUCAUUUUUCAAGCCCGUCACUAAUCCUUCAGUAUCCAUUAAGCGAAAGGUAAACAAAUGUGUACUUAGAUCUCCCAAACCAGGAGCCCAACAUAAAUUCUCCCCUCAAGCAUUUUAUUCGUCAAGGACAAAGGCCAUUGGCAGCCUAGGCAUGUCAAUGUUAGACCAUUCCUCCAAGUACUCGGGGUCAGGGCCAUUAGUUAUGGCUGUAUGCUUCGGCACAUGAAGCUGAAACCCCUUGUGAAAUUUUAGGGUGACUAACUAAUCUAUGUAAUGAAGCCUAUGUAAUUGCUUUGGCUUUCAGAAAUGUACUUGAAAAUCUUCAUCCUUAAUUCCUUGAACUUAUUGUACCUCUACAAAUAAAGAGUGGAAACGAUAAUUAAGGAGCUCAGGCUCUGGAUUUGUAGGAGUCCUGGUUAAUUAAAACCCACCCUGUGGUUCUUUAAUAUUAUAAAAGUUGGUGCGCAGUGUAGAAGCAGUUUCUGACGCAGUCCUGAAGUGUGGGAUAAAAAAUUAGUGCAAGAAACGAUGUAAGACGCAUGAUAUGCAACAUGCUAAUCAAUCAUUUUGCCGCACAUUUGUCAUAUCCACUUCCAAUUUAAUUUUA